ACAUCUACUAGUGCCACUGAAAUAGAGCACAGGCAGAGAAAGGGAGUAGUACAAAUUGAUUAUAGCAAAUUGACCAAGCAGGACAUUGUUAAAUUAGCUACUGGUUAUGGGGAAAAGAAUAUGUGGUUGGACUGGAUAGCUGCUACGGCAGCUUCGAUGAACAUGAGCAAUUGUGUUGCAUGUUCCUCGGCCAGACCAACCUUAUUCACUACCCCAGCACCACUGUAUCCUGAAAUUGACCCUGUAGGAUUUCAGUGUAUGAUGUCCCUGACCAUGCAGAAAAACCCGCUUCAUUGUGCCACUUUGAGUGCUAUCUUUCCACCUGUAAAGAACUCUACCAUCCCACCCACAUUCACCCCACAACUUAACAACUAUACUUGUUUCACCAGGACUAACGCCACCAGGAUGGGAGACAUUUCUACUGAUUGGUGUAAAACCAUGAUUAACAUGACGGGCUGGCAGAAUGCCAGUACAAUGGUUUGGGCCAGGGCAGACUUGUUUUGGUAUUGUGGAGAUAGGACCUUGCACACGUACCUGCCACCAGACUGGUCAGGAACCUGUGCAAUGGUCCGCUUAGGGUUACCACUACUCCUCCUGGGACCACGUCGUAGUGGUUUCACCAAAAAACGGACGAGUAGAGAUGCAUUUGACCUCACCUCAGGCUCAACCACCUACGUGGAUGCCAUUGGCGUGCCCCGGGGAGUACCGAAUGAAUAUAAAUUGGCUAGUCAAAUAGCAGCAGGGUUUGAGAAUCUCCCCCUGAUUAGUGCCUUAUUUCCAGUUACCCCAAACAAGAACGUUGAUCGUAUAAAUUACAUCCAUUACAAUGUACUUCGCUUGGCAAAUAAGACCCGGGAUGCAGUAGCAGGUCUCUCAGAACAGCUGGCAGCCACCUCAUUGAUGACAGUACAGAAUAGAAUGGCAUUGGACAUGUUAUUAGCAGAAAAGGGAGGGGUCUGCUCCAUGUUUGGAGAUCAGUGCUGUACUUUCAUCCCAAACAACACUGCACCGGAUGGCUCUGUAACCAGAGCUCUGGAAGGAUUGAGAACCUUAUCCUCAGAAAUGCAUGAACACUCAGGCAUCGAUAACCCUUUGGAAAGCAUCUUGGAAUCAUGGUUUGGUAAAUGGAGGGGAUUGAUUGUGUCUGUAUUAGUGUCCCUAGUAAGUGUAAUGGGAAUGUUGAUUUUAUGUGGAUGUUGUUGUAUUCCCUGUCUAAGAUCUUUGUGUAACAGAUUGAUUGUCACCGCAAUUGAAGGAAAGGUUCCUCCUCCUUACCAGAUGCCACAGUUGGAGAUGGAAGUGAUGGCGUUGGUGGCGGGGGAAGGAUAUCGGUUUGAGGAUGAGGAUGAAAUAUGAAUAUGUUUCGUGGUCUCAUGUUUAUGAGACCAAAAGGGGGAAUUGUAGAUAUAUGCUAUGAAUUGGCCACUGCUAAAAUAUCACAUAAGGGGAUUAAUUACUUUGUUGUUUGUUUCAUAUAAAUAUGUGGUCCUAUGUGUAACAAUCUGAAAGCAGUAAGCUUGUUGUGUAAUAAGAAUGCAUGAAGACAGUUUACCCUGAAGUGUAAGUAAAUAGGUAGAUUCUGGAUGUUGACACGUCCCACUUGCAUAGGUUAAAGGUUUAUUAUUAACAGGAGAGCGGGGUCAAACAUUCAGUCAGAGCCCUGACCAUCCUUUGUUAAACAAUGCAGAACUAACCAUAAAACCCCCACAGGAGGUCUGGUGAUUGUGUAGUUUCAGUUAAGGAGGUCACAGGAAGAUCACAUAUCCUGGACUGUGAGAAGAU